AUGCGUCAUCACUUUCGUUGAAAAUAUUUGUUUUGUUCAUUAAAAGACAUCGGAAUAUUAUUUUAUUAAAAAGUCGAAGAAAUAUACGAAACCAUCAUGGUUUACGUUUCCGCAGGAGGAAUCCAAUCACAGCGCUCCAUGUGGCGGGUUUCAUUUAUAUCGGAAUCUUUUUGGGGACUUAUUAAUUUUAUUGUUCUCUUCUUCAAGACAAUGGUCCAACCAGAUCUUACAAAGCAUGGAAGAGGUUUGCAAUCAAACUACUCAGCGAAACCAAACGGCGGGGAUGAUUCUGGCCCCCGCAGAAGAAUGGGGGGUUUCAAGAGAAGUACUGGUCCCUCACCCCCACCUGCUGCAGGGGGUGGGUGAGGUCGGUAAAUGCUUACCUCUAAUUCUGGGGUAAGCACCUAAAAAGGGGGUCACAUUUCCUGUAUUGUAAAAAAGUAGAAAUUCUUGCAUAGACUAUCAGCUGUAUAAGAAUAUUCCUAAGAUUAUUAGAAUAGAUGUAGAUUUAUUUGGAUUGGUUUUGUGAUCCCUUUUUUAUUAGAAAUAACUUCAUUAUAUGCUACAUAUGUAUGUGUAUAUUAAUACAUAUAUACAUGUGUUGUAUAUUUAAUGAUGGGUUCUCACUAAACCUACCUUUGGUGUGAGAAUCUUGAGGAGAUGAAGUUUUUCUUUUAUUGUUUUGUAAAUAAUUCUGAUGCAUUGUGUGCAAUAAUAUGUUGUGCAUGUGACAUCAUAAUGCAUUGUCUGAUGCUCUAUUGUUGUCAUUGUAAAUAUGAGAAUAAACUAAAUGAUGUCAUAA